AUGCUUAUGCUUAUGCUUAUGCUUAUUUCCAGUCCAUCAUCAUCUGUAACACCGUGUUGUAUCGCCGAACAAAAUGAAUCACCAAUCAAGCUUAAGCUUCGUAGAUUGACAAAACAGACGAAUUAUAAAGUAAUAGUUGAUGAUUCAGAAAAUGAGGAAAAUCUUUCUGGGGAUGACAGUGACAACUAUAUUCCAUCAGUAAGUGAAACAUCUUCGGAAAGUGAGAGCACUGACCAGUUGACCGAUCUCCAAACAAUCGAUCUCCCGAUAACAGUUUCACCUAUCAAAAAAGGAAAAAAGAGAUCAAGAAACCCAGAGCAAUGGAAAAAAACAAAAGCCAAAUUAUUGAAGAAUUCUGGUAAGAGCUACACUUCUAGAACAGGGAAAACUGUCAACGAAAGGGUUAUGGGGCCAAAUUGCUCUGACCGGUGUAUUCUAAAGUGCUCAUCAAAAGUAUCUGACGAAUACAGGAUUGAACUUUUUAAUAAAUAUUGGAGUUUGGCGUCAUUACAGCGACAACGGGAUUACUUAGCUUCAUGUAUUGAGCCCCUCCAACUCAAAUAUCGUCGUAUAUUUACUUCAGAAACUCCCAGAAGGCAAAACUGUGGAUUUUAUUUGCUUUUUGAAGGAAAUCGAAUUCGGAACACAUCAACUCCAUUCCUAGAGUCGAAAGUCACUAUCAAAGAGCCAACACAACAAGAGAAUUCGUUGAUGGCGGGUUGUGUAUUGCUGAAAUGCAUAGACACUAUGCAAAAGAGCGAGUCGACAAUGGAAAAACUGCAGCGAGUUACGAUUGCUAUGCUCGUAUAUUUAAUACGGAAUUUAACAUUGGAUUUUUCUCUCCCAAAAAAAGAUCAGUGUGAUUUUUGUGAAGGGUUCAACAAUGCCACGGCAGAAGAAAAAGCAAAGUUGGAAAACGACUAUCAACUACACCAAGAUGAAAAAAACUUGAGCCGAACGGAGAAGGCUAAUGAUAAAGAAAAGGCUAAAGAAAUGGGAUCUAACAUUGUCUUAGCUACCUUUGAUUUACAAGCAGUUAUGCCAGUACCUACUGGGCAGAGUUCUGCUUUUUUCUAUAAAUCAAGAUUGAAUUGUUUUAAUUUUACGGUAUCAGAAAUAAUCAAGGAUCAUACCAUCUGUUAUUUCUGGCAUGAAGGAGUAGGACAAAGAGAUGCUAUUGAAAUAGGUUCAUGUCUUCUAAUGUUCAUCGAAGAAAUUGCGAAUUCUCGUCCUGGAAGUGACAUCAUAUUUUACUCUGAUAACUGUUGUGGUCAACAAAAGAAUAGGUUUGUACAUGCCAUGUAUUUAUACGCAGUGGAAAAAUAUCAAAUAAAUUCCAUUACGCAUAAAUACCUUAUUCGAGGUCACACACAAAACGAAGGCGAUACAGUACAUAGUGUUAUUGAAAAAUCUAUGAAAAGGAGCAAAAAAUCAGGACCUAUAUACGUGCCCGAUCAAUUAGUGACUAUAAUUAGGAAUUCUAAAAAAACGGGAAAACCAUUAGUCGUAAAGGAACUGAGCUUCAAGGAUUUUAUUGAUUUAAAAUCGUUGACCGACGAGAUUGGUUACAAUUGUCAAAAAAACACAGAAGGUGAGCAAAUAAAAAUAUCAAAUAUAAAAAUUAUAAGAUUCGUGAAGGGCAGUGAAGUUUGUUUCUACAAAAAUUCCUACAAAGACAUAACCUGGGAAAAAGCUCAAAUGAAAAAAACAGGAACAAGACGUUCCGGUGCAAAGGAUAUUGGUAGUAUAAAAACAAAACUCGCAUACAACUCGAAAAUUCCAAUAGCUGAAAACAAGAAGAAAGAUAUACAAAGCUUACUGACAUCCAAUAUAAUUCCAAAUUACUACGAAACGUUUUAUAAUACACUAUUUUGAUUUUUAAUUUGUAAAUUAACAUAAUAAAUAAUAAUAAUAAUAUUUAAGUUUCAGAUUAUAAUAUAAUUUUU